AUGCAGCUUUUAACGCACAUCUUAAUAUUCUGCUUAAUCACUCUGACUAUUUGUCAGUUUACGAAAAUAACGCGAAAUAAUGUUUUUCUCUCGCGAAAAAAACGUUACUUGGCGUUUCCAGAAAAAAGCAAUUUCGUGAUUUCAUUUUCUUUGAGUAAACCGUUGAUGGAAGAACAACCCAAAGGGUUUAAUGUCGUGCUUGAGUGCGAUGUUCCUUUCCCUUUACCAAGUGGUACAACUCCUUUAAAAGACUUGAAAAAAUUCAAAAAUUCGCGACAUUACAGACAAAAACGUGAUAUUUUAUUAAGUCUAGAGAAAGUUUUCAACAAAAAUGGACUAGACGGUAAUGCUUGUGUAAAGAGAAUAAUAUGUGAGGCACAAGAAUUUGUAAAUUCUGACCGAAUUUCUUUACUUAAAGACAUUUUAAAAAUCUUAUUUUCUGACUUUGGACCAAAUUACGUUAAACCGUGCUACUACAAGACAUUUUUUGAAUGUCCGCUGCCACUUAUGGAAUCCUUUUUAUCAAGUUUUUAAUGUAAUAAAUGUGUAAAUAAAACUUGUAGUUGUAUUACAU